AGGCUUGAGCCACUGCACCUGGCUAACUAUAUAUAUUUCAACCAAUACAUCCACGUUAUAUUAUAAGUGGACAUUUUGCUGCCGUGGAGUUGAAGUGAAACAAGGAAGAAACCCUCCUAUUAUUAAUAAACUGGACAAAGCUAUGCAGGCACGCACAUUGCUCCUAAAGGGCUGCCCUCUCAGGCUGACCUGAUACCGUACACCUGCAGGUCUGGCUGAGAGUACCGUUCAUGUCAGAACUGGGACAGCGUGCCCGGCAGAGUCCAGAAGCAUCUCCUAGUGCGGCGGUUGUGGUCAGUGCUUGAGCAGAGAAGGCAAGACUGUGGGGACAGAGACAGGAUCCUGCUCAAGACUUCAGGCCCCACUGGAUUUGUGAAAAGACCUGUGACCUCUCUGUAAAUGUUCCUGUUUUAUUCAUCUCUAAAGUGAGAAUAGUACCAGGGUUACUUAUUUUGUGGGAAUCUUCUGAGGAUUAAAGAAAUCAUGCCCAUGAAACUUCAAAGGAAAACCUUGAAGUCCUAUCCAAAAUGCAGAUCCACAAAUUACCCUUGGAAUUCCAUAGGUGGGAAGCUGGGUCUUGGGAAUGGGGAGGGACAGGCCUGCUGACAGUAUUCAGAAUCCACGGUGGAGAGCUUAAUUGGCUUAAUAAAAGACUGCCCUCUGGUCCACAAAAAUGGAAGUAUUUGACCCAUGUAGUUUUUUUCCCUAGGUUUCAGGUAAAGAUAGCCUAGAUGAAAUAAUGCCGUAUUUCCAUUUUUUCUCUAAUUUUCCGUUUUGGUGGUGGUUUUGUUUUAAAUUUAUGGUGAAAAUGCCAGUGGCUCUUGUGUUCUCUAGAAGUGUGCUGUUUAAUCUCCAGAUAUUUAGAGAUUUUCCAUCUCUCUUUCUCUUACUAAUUUCUAGUUUAAUUCCAUUGUAAUAGGAGGGCAUACUUUGUAUGAUUUUUGUUUUUUUCUUUGUUUUUACAUUGAAGGUGUGGUUUGUGGCCUGGACUGUUCCCUUUGAACUAAAGGAAUGUGUAUUCUACUGUUGCUGGAUGGAAUAUUCUUUAACAAGUAGAUCAAGUUGAUUGUUAGUGCUCUUCAGUUCAACUGUGUUCUUAUUGAUUUUCUGCCUGCUGAAUUUGCCCAUUUCUGAUAAAGGGGUGUUAAAGUCUACAGCUUUUAGUGGUGGAUUUGUCUGUUUCUCCCUGCAGUUCUGUCAGUUUUGCCAUAUGUAUUUUGAUGCUCUGUUGUAAGGUAUUACGUGUUUAGCAUUGUUAUGUCUUGGAAAAUUGAUCCUUUAUUAUUUUGUGAUGGCCCUGUUUGUUGUGAUGAUUUUUUUCUUGCUUUGAAUUCUGCUUUAUCUGAAAUUAACAUAGCCAGUCCAGUUUUCUUUUGAUUAGUGUUAGCAUGGUAUAUCUUUUUCCAUCCCUUUACUUUUAACAUGAAUCUUCCUGUUUGAAGUGGGUUUCCUGUGGACAACACAACAUGUAGUUGACGCUUGCUGUUUUAGCCACCCUGAAUAUCUGUACCUUUUAACUGGUAUAUUUAGACCACUCACAAUUAUACAUACUUUUAAAAUAGAAAAUACUGUGUAUUGCUAUUCGGAGAUUUUUUUUUUCCUUAGUAUAUUAGGUUACCUUAUUCCUUUACAAAGUUACAUAGCCAAAGGAAUUGCUUUCUAAGGUCUUUAAAAUUGGUAUGUGUUUUAUCUCACCAUUCUAAAUAAACUAUUUUUUCCUGUGGUAAUGCCUCUACUAUAACAAGCUUCUCAUUUUGUGCCUAAUUUGGUAUCCGGUCGGGUAAAUCAAUUGGUUCUUUGUGAGCAGUUUAAGCCUAAGACUCAGCUUCAUUUUUAUGAGUGGUAUCUUAGAAUGAGGAAUGGUGGCAGAAUUAGCCAAAUGCCUUUUAUCACAAUAAGAGAAUUUUAAACAAUACUCAGUUAAUUGAUAACCAAUGAACCAAUGAGGUUGUUCCAUAGCUAUAAUUUAACAAAUGUCUCCACUGCUGAAGAGUGUAUUUUAUUUUACCCCAGAGAAGACAAGUGCAAAAUAACUCACUGCAUGGCAACUCUAAAGGGAUCCCUGUGUUUCCCAGCGUACAGACUAUUAGUAUACGAUGCAUGCAAACAGAGAGGUGCUUUAUCGAAGCGGGACAAGACCUCUAUUCAUAGUAAAGUCAAACAAACCACACAUGUGAAAACCUCCACUUAUAGUGGCUGCAUAAGCUUAACUGCACAGAGCUAUACUGCUUUUUGAAAUAUUAACUUGCCAGUUCAGCAACGGCUAAGAAAACAAUCCUAGACUUGGAAAUUGAAAGACUGGAGGGAUUCCUUUGGAACCCCUUUGUGUACAUGCAUGUGAGGAAUUGUAGGCAUCCAGCACUCUGCUGACUCUGACAUGCCCCCAGCAUCCCCCAGCUCUGCAGGGAGCCCUGGUGCCGGAGACCUUCUCCCGCUUCUCCCUAUGGGCGCCUGACCUGAGGGCAGAGCUGUCUGAGUGUGCAUAAGCACAGUAGGACAUCAGGACCUGGCCGGAAGACAUUUCCUCUCCUCCCCUCUGGACGUCUCAGAGACUGUUCUGCGAUGACCACAGCAAGGUACCGGCCCACCUGGGACCUGGCCCUCGACCCGCUGGUGUCUUGCAAGCUCUGUCUUGGGGAGUACCCAGUGGAGCAGAUGACAACCAUAGCCCAGUGCCAAUGCAUCUUCUGUACUCUGUGCCUGAAACAGUAUGUUGAGCUCUUGAUCAAAGAAGGAUUAGAAACCGCAAUUAGCUGCCCAGAUGCUGCGUGCCCUAAACAGGGCCACCUACAGGAGAACGAGAUUGAGUGCAUGGUUGCAGCUGAAAUUAUGCAAAGAUAUAAAAAGCUACAAUUUGAAAGAGAGGUGCUGUUUGAUCCCUGUCGGACUUGGUGCCCAGCGUCCACCUGCCAGGCUGUGUGUCAGCUCCAGGACGUGGGGCUGCAGACCCCCCAGCCAGUGCAGUGCAAAGCCUGCCAUAUGGAAUUCUGUUCCACCUGCAAAGCCAGCUGGCACCCUGGCCAGGGCUGCCCGGAGACCAUGCCGAUCACCUUCCUUCCCGGGGAGACCAGUGCUGCGUUCAAAAUGGAAGAGGACGAUGCGCCCAUCAAGCGCUGCCCCAAGUGCAGGGUCUACAUCGAGCGAGACGAAGGCUGCGCCCAGAUGAUGUGCAAGAACUGCAAGCACGCCUUCUGCUGGUACUGCCUGGAGUCUCUGGACGAUGAUUUCCUUCUGAUACACUAUGAUAAGGGACCCUGCCGGAACAAGCUGGGCCACUCCCGGGCAUCUGUGAUCUGGCAUCGGACACAGGUCGUGGGCAUUUUUGCUGGAUUUGGGCUCCUGCUCUUGGUGGCCUCGCCUUUCCUGCUCCUGGCCACUCCCUUUGUACUUUGCUGCAAGUGCAAGUGCAGUAAAGGUGAUGACGACCCGUUACCCACCUAGAGGAAGCACGAUGCUGGAACAAAUCCCUGCCUCCGGGAAGCGUGGCUCUCCCCCAACCCUCCCCACCGUCCCCCUCUCACUAAACAUCUUUCUUGCCUUAUGUGCCCCAUUGAGCUUCACAGUGUCAGGCUGGACGCCGUGAUUUCAGGGACCUAUGUCACAACGUUCGCUGAGGCCCCAGGUGUGGUCACCUAGGUUUGGGGAGGGGGAGGCAGGUGUGGGUAGGGCACAUCCCCACAGAUCAAUCUCUGCAGAUGACAGGGAGGCGCACCAGGCAGCUUUCUCUCUGUGGUAGAUUAGGCAUGUCUGGGGAUGGCCUAAGAGACUUUCUCCUCCUUGGCUUCUAGAUGGCUCCAUGUUGCUGGAGAAGUCUUUUAAGGAUUGUGACUCUCUUCAGACAGAAUCUGAUUACUCCAGCUUGAGAAAAGCACUCUGUUUAUGACAACUGUUUUUAUUACUAAUGGCAUUUAGUAAAAUCCUUUUUAGAAGGUAUUUUUUUUCCAACUGAGUAGUGAAAAUCAACAAGGUGCAUAUAAACCAUCCUAUGCCUUUCUUGAAAUGUGCAUUUUAAGAAGUUAUAGUUAAAACGACUUUUCAGGAGAUUUAGAAAGCCUUAUGCACUCUUUGUGUUUUUCUUGAAACUUGCUGUAAUAACUUUUUGAACGCUGUAAGCUAUGUACUGUUAUCAAUGUGGUUCCUAUAUUGUUGCAUUUCCUUGAUAAUAUUGACAUGUUUAGAGGAACAUCUCAUCUCCAUUAGAUUUGCUUUUUGUUGUUUUCUCUCUUUGGUGAUUCAGCUCAGCUCAAGGGUCUCAUCCCUUCUCUCCCAGGUAGCAGAAAACGCCUUUUAUUGUAUUCAGUCCAACCGCUUUGCUCGGAAAUGGCUCUCCUCCAAAUUGUUGCUGUCUGGCCUGUGGCCUAAGUCUUCAGGUAGACAGUGAGAAGAAAGCAGCCUUAUUGAUCCGCAGAGGUAGGGCCUCUUGGCAGAGGCUGGAGAACUCUGGGGGCUAAGGAAGAGCCUGCCAGAUCUUCACGUUUUUAAAAUGCUCUAGUCAUUUUGAGAAAUCAUAUAUCUUACACGGUUCCAAGUCCUGUUGCUAACCGUUUUGCUCUUGUUGGGGAAAAGAACCUCCCAUUUCACUUAGUUUUACUGUGGGGAUUUUACCACUUGAUCUUUCACAGGGCUGUCUGUGACCGUUUCCAUGGCAGCAGGAUGCAGGGAUUAAUAAGGAGAAGAAGUUAUACAUUACUCCACCAUUACUCCAAGUUAUACAUUUCACACACAUGACUCCACCGGCUGACUUUGAAAAGUGGAGAAAGUGUAUUCUUUAAAGAGAAUUUACUUCUAAAAGCCACAGGUGCUUUUGCAAAGCAAACUGCAUUGAACUGAAAACUUCUAAAAAUAACAGACAAAUAUUAUAGAUAUAUUACAGUGGGAUUUAAAACAUCUUGUUAAACAUUCUAUAAAGAAGUAAAACAAAAACAAAAUCCUUUGAUCUCAGUUAUUUGCUCAUCACAAGCACAUUUUAAAAAUGCUGCUUUGUGUGUGUGUGACUUCUGCAUCUGAGUAUCAGUCUCAGGUCCUAGUUUACCUUCCCUGGUUGGAGAUUUAUUUCUUAUUUCCUAACAAUGAAUUCGCUAGAAGAAACAGCAUCACAUCACUCUUCACCUCACAUGUUGAUUUUCCUUAUGACACUGAAGCCAUUUAGAAAAUCCCUGUGUGUCAAAAUUACAUUCAAAACGCUCUCCUUGUAAUUGCGAUUUGUAAGUUUAGUAACUCAAUAAGAACAUGCCUGUGACUCCCUUUCUGGAUGAAACCUGGGCUGUGGCUCUCUGUAGUUUGUGGUGCUGUGAUGGUGUCUACUGGUAGAAUAGCUUUUCUGGAGGUGGGUGGCAACUCCAUGCAGGAGUCAUUGGCUGGGCUUGAGCCCUCAGCCUGUGAUAUGUGGAUGCAGCUGUCCAGUCACUGCCCUUUAAACUGCCCAGCACACAUGGGAGGCCUGUGGCCCAGUGUCCACCAUAUGCUUGUCCUUCUUGCCUGAAAUUGCUGCUGCCCAUCGCAUGAGCCCACACAGUAGCACCCCCAUCCUGGGGAUGAGAGUCAGAGCCUUUGGAAAGUCUGCAUCCCCAGGGCUAGAGCGCAGAUGACCUUAUUUCUAGAGCGACAGGCUGUUCUCUUGGAGGAGUCUCUGGCCCAGUCAUGCACAUCUGUAGCCCAGCCAUCCUCGUGCCUUCACCUCUGAUGUGUUUCACGAGCACGUAGUUCAACCCAGAUGGGACCACAGAGAUUCUGGGGCCGGCCAGGGGUGGCCACAUUAGCACCUACUGGCUCUGACUUUUUGUAUGAAGCAGGCCUCAGUUUGCUCAUUUUGAUCUCGUGACAAAAUUAAAAUUGUCCAUUUCCUAUAUAGAUACCAGCAAGACCACUCUGAGAUACAUGAACUCGCAUUUCCUUCUGUUUUAGUAAGGAAUGCCAGACUCAUCUUUGCUGGGAAUACAGUAUUAACCCUGCUUGAUGUAAAAUGUAAAUAGCACACGGGCAGAUGGCCCUGGGUUUGGACUUUGGUCUUGCCAUCACCCCCCAGUAACACCUGGGGAGUUCUGCGUUGAGUGGAUGGACUUACUCCCAUGAAGCGGCAUAAUUUGUCUCAAUUGAAAAAUGGCAUUCACUCUUACAGACGGUGUUCACUGCAAAGCCCUGGAAGCACAUGGCAUGUGUUCACUAAGAGGCCUUGAAUCCUGGGGAGUAAGGGGCGAAGGCCCUUAGACAACCACGGCUGCUGUACUGCUGCCCAGGUGGCGUGGCCAGUGAGGACUGGCCAUAGCCCAGUGAACCUGUGGCUUAUCUGAGGCCCUUGAGUUACUGACCACAUUUGGAGCUUUUGCUGGACAUGCCUGAUCUCUUGGUCUGGCUCUGCUGUGUAGUCCAUAGCCCAGCCAGAUGAGUUUGCACCCUCACAGGAGGCCAGCACCUUGCAAAGAUGCAGUCACCAUAGAUAUCCACAUAGCAGAGACUGAUUAGGAUCUGAGAUGAAGCACUGGAUUGCAGGAAUAACUGUCCAAAUUAGUUCUUCCUCCUCAACUCACAGGAGUAGCUGUGGACAGAGGAACCAACAUCUGCCACCUCUGGCCUUUUCUUUCUUUCUUUCUUUCCUUUUCUUUUUUUUUUUUUUAGAUGGAGUUUUGCUCUUAUCCCCCAGGCUGGAGUACAAUGGCACGAUCUCGGCUCACUGCAACCUCCACCUCCCAGGUUCAAGCGAUUCUGCCUCAGCCUCCCGAGUAGAUGGGAUUACAGGUGCCCGCCACCUCACCCAGCUAAUUUUUGUAUUUUCAGUAAAGACGUCGUUUCACCAUGUUGGCCAGGCUAGUCUCAAACUCCUGACCUCAAGUGAUCCGCCCACCUCGGCCUCCCAAAGUGCUGAGAUUACAGACCUGAGCCACCGCACCUGGCCUAUUUUCUUAAAGGGGAACAAAUGAUCUUGACGACAUAUUAUUCCAUAAAACCAGUUUAGGACGCAUGCCAGUUCCUGGUUAGAACACAGGGCCCAUGGAAGGGACUAUCAGAGGUACAAAAAUUACUUCAAGAUGAGUUUGUUGUUUUCAUUUAAUAUUGCAGAAGUUAGAAGUCAUUUUACAAAUUUAGAAGAGAAAAUUUUUUCUUGGUAGUGUUUAAAAAUUAGGGGAUUGAAAGGAUCCAGGAUGGGCUUUGUGUGUGUGUCUCCGAUUCUCAUUUAUUAGUGAGCACACCUGUGUAUAUAUAUAAUUCACAAGGAGAUCAUCAAGGGAAAACAUUUUGCAUGUGUAAAGCUUCAUGAAGUUCUCUUUAAAAAAUACCAAAGCUUGUUUAUUUCUGAUAAUUAACCUAAGCCCUUAUGAAAAUAAACAAAAUGAAGGGAUUAUGACCGGCAUUACCAAAAACACCAAAAGGAACAAAGGGGCCUGCAUUAAAAUCUAUUUGCUAAUGCUUCACAACUAGGAGAGCAUGCCGUCUUGAUGUUUAAAAAACCCAGGGUCUUUGCCCUUCCUUUGAUUUGUGCAAUUCUGUCUUCCACAAUUCCGGAGCCUUCAGUGAGGGGUAGCUACAUGCCCCAUGCCUGCCCUUUCUUUCCUUCCUUGCUCACUUUACUAUGGGUGUAUUUUAAUCUUGUGUAAAAAUAUGCAUGAAUGAGUCAUGCACAUGUAUACGUUAUGUAUUUGACAAGUGGUGGUAAAACAAAAUCAAAACAGAUUUGGUUUGUGUUUUUGAAAUGUCAGUUCAUUUUGUGCCACUAACACUGUGAUGUAUAAAAGAGCUGUUUGAAUGCCUUUUAAUGUUGUGUUUUGUAUUCUGGAAUUAUAUGGAAAAAGUUUGAUUUGUAAUUUCAAUACAUAUUUUAAAUGUAUUGUGUCUUACGUAGUUUGUCCCCCCAUCCCCCUUUAGCAGGGAUUCCUUUUUAAAGCUCUUUUGGCUGGAAUACAGGUGAUUUUUGUAAA